AUGCGGGAGGCGGGGGGGUGGGCGAGGCGGCGGCGCGGGAAGAGGCAGCGAAGCCGGGUCAGUCUCGGGGUCGAUGGCCGCUCCGAUGCGGUGCAGGACUCGAGGGCGGGUCACCAGAGCCCGAGGGCCGAGAUGGAAGCGCCGCCUCUACCCGGGCGCCCGCCGCUCUCCAUGGAGCCCGCCGCCACUGGCCGCCGCUCCCUACUACCACUGCCGCCGCCGCCGCCGCCGCCGCCGCCGCCGCCGCCGCGGGAAGAGCCGGGACCGACGCUCGCGCCACGCCAAGGCAGUUGUGGAGACCGCGCAGGCCGAGCAGCCGAGCCGCGGCGGAUGUGCGCCGCCCCCUCCACCGCCGCUGGCUUAAGUCGGGCCCCGGCGCGCGCCACCGCGCCUGCGUGCCCGGACCGUUGCGACGAGGCGGGGAGGAGGGGGCGGGGCUCCGGCCGCCCAGGGGGCGGAGCCCCGCGCCCUCGGCGCGGGUUCGGCUGGGCCUCGAGGCUGGUGCUCGAGCGAGCGUGGAGUGACCGGCCCUGGGUAAAAAUGUCGAUUCCUGAGGGGAGGCCGCGUCUCCUCCCUCCGUGUACUUGAUUAAUGUUGGUUGGCUGGAACCUUCUGUGGUGGUGCACACCUGUAGUCUUAGCACUCAGGAAGCAGAGGCAGAAGGAUCAUGAAUCUACGUGAGUUCAAGGCCAGUCUAAACUACAUGGUAAGAACUUAUCUCAAAAAAUGUAUAAUAAAUAAAUGAACAAGUUGAGAUAUACAAUAAAGUUUUGGUUAACUGAAAGAACUAGAACUAUAUGGUCUCAUUUAAAAGAACUAAGGAUG